AUGGCUCGUACUUUUAAUAGAGUUCGAUAUUCGUUCAAUGGUGAAACCAAUCAAUUAGGGUAUGUAAUAGGUGUUAUGUUGGCAUCCCCUCAAGGUGAUCAUAUUCCAAGGUCUGUUCGUUUGGUGUUCUCUGAUCAAUAUCCUACCACGAAUAAUAUAGUUGAGUAUGAGGCUUGUAUCCUUGGUCUAGAGACUGCAUUGGAGCUUAGCAUUAUACAGAUUGAGGUGCUUGGGGACUCCAAUCCGGUAUUCAAAAAGAUUCAGGGAGAGUGGAAGACUGGGGAUGUAAAGCUUAUGUCGUAUCACGCUUACUUGGAGUUACUGGUUGGGAGAUUUGAUGACUUGAGAUAUGGUCAUCUGCUUAGAGCACUGAACCGACUUGUCGAUGCCUUAGCUACUCUAGCUUCUUCUGUAGACAUUUCGAUUGAUGUGGUUGUACGUCCAUUCCUGAUUGAGUUGAGGUAUGCACCCACCUACUGUUGUCUGAUUGGAGAAACAGAGGUCCAGGAUGAUCAACCUUGGUAUCAUGACAUUUAUUAG